GAUUUUAGAUCAUUACUCAGUCCUCCAAGAUCACGACAAUGAGCAGAGUCCACCAACAAGUUCUUGCAUUCCCAGCAGUCAAGACUUCUCCGGCAGGUUACUUGCCUGAUCCAGCUUCCAUCAACAAGUUCCAAAUCCCAUCUCCAUCCAAGAAACCUGAACAAAGUAAGGGAAAAUCGUUUCUGCGAACUAAUAGCUUUACUAACGGAGCUAGCGAGCAGAGCAAGUUAGCACCAAAGCUGACCGAAACAGUCAAGAGAAAGCUAUCUCUAGGAGCUAAGAUAAUUCAAAUGGGAGGCUUAGAGAAGAUUUACAAGAGGCUCUUUAGAGUCUACGAUGAAGAGAAACUCUUCAAAGCCUACCAAUGUUACCUAUCAACAACCGCAGGUCCCAUUGCAGGCUUACUUUUCAUCUCAUCAAAGAAGAUUUCUUUCUGCAGUGAGAGAUCUAUCAAAGUGGCUUCACCUCAGGGAGAUAACAUGAGGGUUCACUACAAAGUGUCAAUCCCUCUGUGCAAGAUCAAAGGAGUGAACCAGAGUAUGAACAUAAAGAAGCCAUCUCAGAAGUACAUUGAAGUAGUCACGGUCGAUAACUUUGACUUCUGGUUCAUGGGCUUCAUAAGCUACCAGAAAGCGUUCAACUGUCUCGAGCAAGCACUUUCUCUCGAGCAAUAACAAGCCGAAGGUUGAAGAGUAAAUAUUUCAUUUCUAAUUUAACCUAUUUUUCAUUCCAAGAAUGUUAAUUAGGAUAGAUCCUAGAAAAUUCAGACAAUAUUGUACAAACUCUUUUAUAACUCUUUAAUCCUUUUGUUAUUUAUAUCCUCCAUUGUUGACAAGAACAAGAGAUUGAAUA